AUGUCGCGCGUCGGUCAGUUCUUCAUCCUGCCUGCGGAGCGCGGCAAGCAUGAGCUUCGCGGUCUCUGGGGGCGCGCCCGUCACCCUGGAGGCGCUCUGCGCCGGGUGGACUCUGCGACGUGGCAUUGGCAGGGCGCCCCCAGGUGCGCAUCCGCGCCCGCGUCGACCCAGGCGAUCCAGCUGCGAUCUGCGAUGCGCACGCACUCGGUCUUUCACGUGUACUUGCAAGCGCUGCAGGAAGCUGCGAGGCUUUGGAUUGGUCACCGUCCUCUGGCUGACCUGGCUGAUGGCCUCUCGCUUUGCUUCUGGGCCUCGCCCGCCAUGGCGCAUGCGCUCGACCUGGCCGCGCGCGGUCGCGCCCCUGCCCCCCACUGCGCGGGGCCGGUGCCUGCCCGGCGCGCAGUGGGCCACCUUUGCAACCUCGGCGACGCCAACGACCAACCUCAGCAGAUCGUCUUCCAGGCAAUCCUGCAGUACAUGACGGACUGUGCGCUUCUUGCUCUACCAGGGCGGCCGUUUCUCGCGGUCCACGCGGUGGAAGUUGUGGCGGACUGCUUCGCGGCCGCGAUCCAGGUGCAGGAGCUCGCGAAACCUCCCCGGACUCGCUUGCCGAAGCCUUCUGCCCGUGCACAAGUGGUCUUCGCCGAGACGCAGCUCUACGAGAUCCUGUCAAUCUGCUGCUCUCUGGGCCCUUCUUCCUACCCCGUUUCCAAUGACCUUGCCUCCCGCGCUGCUCAGUGGGCUCAGGGGUGGUUCUCUUCGCUCUUCUACGCCGACGUCAAUAUUUCAGACGUUGCAGACUGGAUGGGUGCCGAACGCCGUCGCCUUGCCGUCCGUCGCGGGCGCGUCUGCGAGCAUCGCUACGUCCGUGACUGGCGACCAGACCCCUCGCACAUGAACCCGACCGAGCGCGCGUACUUCCUCGACGAUGUUGUCGGCCGCUCGCCGCAGCCCUCCGAUCUCGACCCGCCGCGGGCACACGCCUUCUCGGACAGCGAGGCGCGCGGCCCCGGCGCGCGGCAGAUGGCGGAGGAGGGGAGCAUGCACGCGGGGGUCCCGCUGAGCGGGCUCGUCAAGUCGUGGAACGGGCUGAAGGGCUACGGCUUCAUCCCGGGGGGGCAGACCGCGGAGGUCGAGGGCGACAUCAUGUUCUCCCGCAACGAGCUGCCCGCGGACGCGAGGGAGGUGUCGGACAAGGUCCUGAGGGGCCGGCAGGUGCAGUUCGAGGGCCAGCGCGGUGCGGACGGCCGCGCGAAGGCGACCGCAGUGGCGCUGUUCCCCGUGGAGGGCUACCCGCUGCCGGGGGAGAUAAAGUCUUAUCCGCGAGAAGAACGGCUACGGGUUCGUCACCAGCUCCUGCCUCGCCGAGGACGUGCGCUUUGA